AUGUCAAGGAAGGGGCUGGUUCGAAGAUUUCAUGAACGUUCUCGUGAUGUGUUCUACUUUGCCGUCCCUGAAGAGGCUUCUGACGAUGCUGCUUUCGUUGUGCGAUGUGGAAAUUCACCAGCAGCUGUCACCUUCAAGGAACUUCAGUCGAACAUCAACAUAUGGUUAGAGCUUCUUGGAAGGGAUUGCGAGGAAAAAUUUCUGCUGCGCAAAUGCCGAAGAGAACCUGCCGGAUGUGUUUUAGCAGCCGAUCAGUUACGCCGAAGGCCUUCGCUAUAUUUCUUGAGUGACUGCUUCAAUUAAAGUGUACGAGCGGAUGGGCUUAAUAACCGUACCGCCGCUGAACCGGACUGAAAUUCGGCUGCAGUCUGCAAUAGAUACUAAUUGGAAAACACAAAUGUGGACAGGAAGACGCUGUGCAGGUCGCUCGCCGCCAACGCCGUCCCACGGAGGACCCCGUUCUUGCCUGGCUUCGCGCAGUGGAGAGUGGGCCCGUGCCAGUGAGUGAGUGUGGUGGGGUUGGUGGUGGAGUGCUUGCAAGACAGUGCCUGGAGAGGGAGAGAGAGAGAGCGAGCUGCCGACGACGGCUCGACGCCCCAGCGGAGAUUGUGAUACUGCCACUAGUGAGCACCAAUUAAACUCAGUUUCAUCACCAUGAAGAAGGGACGCAAGUCAUAUGAUCUUGGAGGAAGUGUGGAGCUGGGCGCGGUGAACGCGGGCUUCGAGGCCGACGAGGACGCCCGCAAGGCGGCCGAGGCGGCCGCCGCCAACGCCAACGGCGUCCACAAGGAGGUGGCCGUGGGGGAAGUGCAAGGCGACGAGCCCGAGCGCCAGCAAUGGAGUUCCCCGGUGGAGUUCCUCAUGUCGUGCAUCGCCAUGUCGGUGGGGCUCGGCAACAUUUGGCGGUUCCCGUUCACGGCCUACGAGAACGGCGGCGGGGCCUUCCUCAUCCCCUACAUCAUUGUCCUGCUCGUCAUCGGCAAGCCGCUCUACUACCUGGAGAUGGCGCUCGGCCAGUUCACCAGCUUCGGCUGCGUCAAAGUGUGGAACAUGAUGCCCGCGCUCAAAGGCAUGGGCUACGGGCAGGUGUACGCAACGGGGCUGGUGCUGACGUACUACUGCUCGCUGAUGGCCCUCACCGUCUUCUACCUGUACUCGAGCUUCGCGGCGACGCUGCCGUGGGCGGCGUGCGACGACGCGUGGACGGACGGGGUGGCGUGCCUCAACUCGUCGGCGACGGCGGAGCAGCAGAACACCUCCGGCACCACGCCCUCCGCCGAGCUCUACUUCUAUAAGUUCGUGCUGAACGAGCCCAAGGACAUCUUCGACGGCGUGGGCGCCCCCGACUGGCGCCUGUCCGUGUGCCUGCUCAUCUCCUGGGUGGUGAUCCUGCUGGUGAUCAUCCGCGGCGUGCGCUCCUCGGGCAAGGCCGCCUACUUCCUGGCGCUGUUCCCCUACGUGGUGCUGGUGAUCUUGCUCAUCCGCGGCUGCACGCUGCCCGGGGCCGUGCAGGGCAUCAUCUACUUCGUCAACCCGCAGUGGGACAAGCUGCUCGAACCCAUGGUGUGGUAUGCUGCGGUGUCUCAGGCUUUCUUUUCGCUGUCCGUGUGCUUUGGAACCCUCAUCGUGUACUCUUCCUACAACGACUUCAAUCACAACGUCCACAGAGAUGCCGUGAUCGUGACGUCAAUGGACACGCUGACGAGCCUGCUGGCCGGGUGCACCAUCUUCGCCAUCCUUGGCAACUUGGCGCACGAGCUGGACAAGGGCGUGGACGAGGUGGUGAAGGGGGGCGCCGGUCUGGCCUUCGUCUCCUACCCCGACGCCAUCGCCAAGUUCGACUGGGUGCCUCAGCUGUUCUCGGUGCUGUUCUUCCUCAUGCUGUUCACGCUGGGCAUCGGGUCUGCCGUGGCGCUGGCUGGAGCCGUCAUCACCAUCAUCUGCGACCAGUUUCCGUCCUUCCGCUACAGCUACGUUGCCACCGCCGUCUGCACCGUCGGUUUCCUCGUCGGCCUCGUCUACGUCACGCCGGGCGGCCAAUACGUUCUGAGUCUCGUGGAUUACUAUGCUGUCACAUUCACAGUCUUCAUAUUGGCUUGCAUUGAGAUGAUGGCCGUCGCCUGGAUCUAUGGGGUGGACAACCUGUGCGAGGACAUCGAGUUCAUGCUGGGCUUCCGGGUGAGCGCGUACUGGCGCCUGUGCUGGGGCAUCAUCACCCCCGUCCUGCUGGUGGUGAUCCUGCUGUACUCCUUGGCGCGGCUGGAGCCGCUCCUGUACAACAAGGUGGAGUUCCCCAUGGGCGCCUACAGCGCCGGCUGGAUCCUGCUGGUCGUCGGCAUCCUCACUGUGCCUGCGGGCCUCAUCCUGCAGAUGAGCCGGGAGGUGCGCGCGCGGCGCGACGCGGCGGUGGCGCGGGGCGCGGAACCCGAGGCGCUGCCGUGGCUGCCCGUGAGCGGCCGCUUCUGGAGCUUCUGGGGCAGCGUGGUGGCGGCGUCGUUCCGCCCCAACGCGCUGUGGCGGCCCAAGGCGCACAAGCACUUCAAGGAGUGGGUGGAGUUCAAGGAGGCCCGCGCGCGC